AUGUCGCCUGUGAUACCUUACGACCCGCUCAACAACGACAGCGAAGUGAGACUGGCGACUUUCGAUCUUAGCGACGAUGUCGACCGGCGACUGUCAAGGGAUACAGGGGAAAUAUAUCCCGCGGGAUGGAAACUAGCCACCAUCAUGGUUGGGCUGUCUUUGGCGUGCAUAUUGUCGGCACUGGAUAACACGAUCCUCACGACUGCAAUCCCAUUGAUCACCAAACAGUUCAACUCUCUAGACGACGUGGGCUGGUAUGCAAGUGCCUUUCUGCUUACUACCUGCUGUGUGAGCCUGACCUACGGAAAGCUGUAUACCUAUUAUCCCAUAAAAUGGACCUACCUUGUCGCGCUUGGUAUUUUCGAGGCCGGCUCGCUGAUCUGUGGAGCCACCCCUAGCUCACUAGGGCUAAUUAUUGGGCGUGCUAUUGCUGGUAUCGGGGCUGGCGGAAUUUUCUCGGGCUCAUUACUUAUUGUUGCACAGGAGACACCGUUGCGGCUGAGGCCUAUAUACACUGGUAUAAUCAGCGCCACAUACGGGGUUGCUAGUGUUACCGGACCACUAAUUGGGGGCGUGCUUACGGAUAAUGCCAGCUGGAGAUGGUGUUUUUAUAUCAAUCUCCCAAUUGGGGGUGUUACCUGUCUCUUCCUUCUAUUCUUCUACAAGGCUAGAAAGCUUGCGAAGGCCGCCGUUGGGUGGAAGGAUGUAUUGUUGCAGCUGGACCCACUGGGCCUUCUUUUUUUCCUGCCAUCCAUGGUUAGCCUGCUGCUUGCAUUGCAAUGGGGAGGCACCGAGUAUCCCUGGAACAGUCCUCCGAUAAUUUCCCUAUUUGUUGUGUUUGGCGUGCUUAUACUGGCCUUUGUAGCGGUGCAGUGGUGGCGGCAGAAUAAAGCCACGAUCCCGCCGCGCUUAAUAAAGAACCGGAAUGUCUGGGGUGCUUCUUUCUUUAUAUUCUGCCUGGGGUCAUCAUUAAUGGUAUAUUCAUACUAUCUGCCUAUAUGGUUCCAGAGCGUCCAAGGUGUGUCGGCAACACAGUCCGGCAUUCUUAACCUGCCCAUGCUCUUGGCCACUGCAGUGUGUUCAAUCCUCGCCGGAGGCAUUGUCAGUGCCUUGGGCCAGUAUAUGCCUUUUGUAUACUUCUCUCCCGUUGCGUUGACAGUUGCUGGUGGCCUGCUGACGACGCUUCGAGUUGAUUCAAGCCCCAGCGAGUACUUGGGGUAUCAGGCGCUGCUUGGUAUUGGGAUGGGAUGUGGAAUAUCACAGGGCGUGGUGGCAGUGCAAGCCGCGUUGCCUCCGCACGAUGUCCCUAGUGGUACUGUUGUUUUGAUGUUUAUGCAGACCAUGGGAGGGGCUGUGUUUGUUUCCGCGGCGCAGAGUCUCUUCCAUAACAAGCUAUUGGAAGGCAUCACCAAGAAUGUCCCCGAUGUGGAUGCUAAGAAGGUUAUUGACGCUGGAGCUACGAUGCUGAAAGAUACUGUAUCAGCAGAGGCUUUGCCAGGAGUUCUGCAGGCAUAUAACUCCGCUGUCACAUGCUGCUUUUAUAUUGCCGUUGCAUUUUCAGGCCUAGCUAUUGUCGGGGCUUUGCCCAUGCAAUGGAUUUCAGUUAAGAAGAAGGCCUAG